AUCCAAUCUAAUUUGCGGUUACAUUCGGCACUUUUCCUGUUAGAAGGGAACGUGAAACGCUUCUUAUUUUGAGGUAAUAUUACUGAAUUGAACGCUAAGAUCUGGUUAAAAGUAUUUAAACGAGAUGGGACAGAAAGAAAAGACGAUUUCGGAUGACCUUCUUCUGGUUCCAUUUGCAACAUACUCGAUUGUAACAGUUGGCCUGCCAGGUCUGUCACUAGCCUACUGUUUCUGGUCAGCAUUUCUGUUUUCAAAUCCUAGUGAAAUCAACGAUACCGACUGCAAUGUCACAAACAAUAUACCAUCAGUGAGUGCUGUGACUGGAGUUAAACCUCAAGCUUAUGUGUGGAGAAUAUGUAUAGGACUACAUUCAACACCAAGAUUUUUUGUUGGAAUCAUGUAUUAUAAUUACUACAAGAAAAGCCUACCAUUUAUAAAAAAGAAUCUUCAAGGAUUAUAUAAGUUUUUAAUGAGACUAUGCUUUUGGCUUUACACUAUAGAAUGCUCAUGUUUGUUGGCUGUCAGCUGUAUAUCAAAUAAAGAAAACUAUCCUCUUCAUGAAAAAAUAUUUGUUGUGUUUAUGAUAACAUCUAUUGCACAUAUGGUAUUUGGAACAACAUUGUACAGAUGGUCCAGGCAUAAACCUAUGACAGAUAGAGAAAAGAAAUCAUUUUUCUGGAAGAAAGUAAUGUUAGCAUGGAUAAGCCUGUCAACUGUUGGCCUUCUCUAUUAUUUUGUUCAGCAUAGAGUGUACUGUAUACCAGGCGCUUUCAGUAUAUUCUCAGUGUUUGAGUAUAUGAUAGCAUAUGCAAACAUGGGAUAUCAUGUGACUGGCUACCUCGAGUUCUGUGACAAAACCCUCAUAGCAGCUGACAUUCAACCUGAAACCGUGAAAAAUGGCAACAGAUACCCUAUACGCAAUGGAAGAAGUAAACAUGACUAAACUAUACAAUAUUUAAUGUGAUUUA